AUGUUGAAAAUUUAUGAGACGACCGAGAAAUUUCUGUUUUAUAGUAUACUUGAUUCGUCAUUACUUUGGGGUAAUCAUCGUAUCGACCAUAUAUUACACUCUCCGCAUGCUAUGAUUGCCUUGCCUUCAUCAGCUCUUCCCAAUGUUCUCCACGCUUCAUAUUGGGAAAGUGAUGAUGUAGCUGCUUUUAUCCUCAAACGAUUUUUACACUCCGAAGGCGUACGUCCAAUAAAUUUGGCUAGUAUUGCAAAAAUUCCAGCAGAAAUUAAGCUUGGCCCUGCAUUAUGGAACAAGAAAAGAACUAAAUAUAAGGUUGCCAAUUUAGCGCCGAGUUUCAGCGGUAAUGACGUGAUUUGUGUGGAAGGAAAUGAGCAAAUCAUUCACGCACGAUUCUGUUAUGGACCAAUGGAUUUAGUUGCUUUAAGCCGUGAAAGUAUCUCCGCUUAUAUACGACCUACUGGAAGUGAUUGGCAGCUGGUUAAAACAGAUAUUACUGAUUCUCAUGGCAAAAUUACAUUUGAGCUUAAGAAGCGAUUACCUAUUGGAAUACACUAUGUAAAAUUAAUUGUGCAUGGAGAUCACUCUUUUCUGGAUUUAUAUAUUGCUGUGGCACCACCCGGCGAACAAUUUGUGGUGUUUAGUGUUGAUGGAUCGCUUACUGCUUCGGUAUCGGUUACGGGACGUGAUCCACGUGUUCGACCAGGAGUUGUCGAUGUGGUACGAUAUUGGUAUGAUUUGGGUUACACCAUCAUCUAUAUUACUGCCAGACCUGACAUGCAGCAUAAAGUUGUAGCUCUGUGGCUUGCGCUUCAUAAUUUUCCCCAUGGUCUUCUCAUUUUCACACCAUCAUUUUCAACAGAUCUACUCAGGCAGAAAGUGCUUCAUUUGAAAAGCUACUUGGAAAUGGGUUUAUCUAUUACGGCAGCUUAUGGAAGUAGUAAAGAUGUAGCGGUUUAUAGCAGUGCGGGAGUGGAAUCGAAUCGAAUAUUUUCCGUAACCGGAGGGAAACGAGGAUGUACAAAUAUCGAUUCUUACGCAUCACAUUUGAAGGAUCUCAACGAAGGAUUAUACGAUUUUGCGAAACCAUUUGAUUCACCGCUUGUCUUCCCUCAAAUAAAUUCGUUGAACAUUCUCAAUCGCAGGUUGAAAAAAAAUUUCUUUACUAAAAAUUGUUAA